AGACAUGGCAAGAACCAAGCAGACCGCCCGUAAAUCCACCGGGGGUAAAGCUCCGAGGAAGCAGCUGGCUACCAAGGCAGCGCGUAAGAGCGCUCCGGCUACCGGCGGCGUCAAGAAACCUCACCGUUACAGGCCCGGUACCGUGGCUCUCAGGGAGAUCCGCCGUUACCAGAAAUCCACAGAGCUGCUCAUCCGCAAGCUGCCCUUCCAGCGCUUGGUGCGGGAGAUCGCUCAGGACUUCAAGACCGAUCUCCGCUUCCAGAGCUCUGCCGUCAUGGCUCUGCAGGAGGCUAGCGAGGCGUAUUUGGUGGGUCUGUUCGAGGACACUAAUCUGUGCGCCAUCCACGCCAAGAGAGUCACCAUCAUGCCUAAGGACAUCCAGCUGGCCCGCCGUAUCCGCGGAGAGCGCGCUUAAAUUAAACGGAGCGCUCACAAGUUCCCAAAAAAACACCCCAAAGGCUCUUUUAAGAGCCACAUAAGCGUUUCAGUCCAAAAGAGUAAGUUUUCUAGCGAACUGCUAGCUCUCGUAAGUGCUGUGAUGUAAUAUAUCUAAUACAUGUUAAUUUCUCAAUUUCUGAGCAUGCCUGUGGUUGUUCUGUUGUGUGGAUAAUGUCACACUUUAAGAAUGAUAAUGUAAUGGUGUUUUAUAUGUGUCUAUGUAUGAAAUUUUAUAUAUAUAUAUGGAAAGAGCAAGAUGUAUUUGAACAAAAAAUCUUUGUGUAUCACAUUUUUAUAUGCAGUUUAAGCAAAUAUGGUCUAAUUAAAUGCAUUAAAAGUGCAUGAGGAUGUGAAAGGGAAGACUGUUUUUUUAAAGUGCACAUUUGAAUUUAGGAAAACAAGUCAUUGUGUGCAUAUGCAUAUUUGUAUUAACAAUUCUAGCUUUUUACCUACAAAUACUUUUCAUGCUUUGUGUGUGUGUGUGUUUCUGUAUUUGAAGGCCUUCCAGAGUGGAGUCAGAAGAGACUCAAAA